GUCAUCGAUCACGCGUAUCCUCUGAAAAUAUCUAUUCUGAAAUAUUUACCUUGAUGCUGAUCCAUGAGCACUUACACACUUACCGCUCUUACCACUAUUACCCACUCUUACAACAAGGAUGGCGCGUAUCUUCAUCACUGGCUCCGCCGACGGGUUCGGCCUCGAAUCUGCUCGUCAAUUAGUUCAACGCGGUCACACCGUCUACCUCCACGCCCGUAACGAUGGGCGUGCCGCCCAUGCCAAGGCGAGCUGUCCAGGCGCAGCAGGUAUCUUCGUCGCAGACUUGACCAGCGUAGAAGAGACUAAGAGAUUGGCAAGCGAAGUCAACGCCAUUAGAGGCUUUGACGCCAUCAUUCACAACGCUGGCAUAAUGCCGGCCAUAGUAGCUAUUAAUAUCCUUGCACCCUACGUUCUGACAGCCCUUAAUAACCGCCCUAAACGACUUAUCUUUAUUGCAUCUAUAUUGCAUACCCGUGCUAAUACCAGCAUCAAAGAUAUCUUCUGGUAUAAGCGAGGAGAGGCACAAUUUCAGGACUUCUAUGCCUAUUGCGACUCUAAGCUGCAUACGAUUUUACUUGCAAAUGCGGUAGCAAGGCGAUUCAAGGACGUCGGUGCAGAUGCCCUUAAUAAGCUGGAGGAUGGAGUUGAUAUAUAUGUUAAGUUGGCUGAGGGGAACUAUGAUCAAAGCUUGACUGGAGUCUACUUUGAGCCUAAGAGGCGGCUUGGUGAGCCUCUUCCUGAGUCUGGCGACGUUAAUCUACAGGAGAAGAUAGUGGAAGCUUGUGAGAAAGUCGUUGGGCUGAAGCUCCCUGGGUAAUCACGCAAGCCUGAUCAUGGAGUGAUGUGAAAUAAAUGAAACGGUAGUCUUGUGUUUGGAGAUUGUGGCUAAUUUUCUGGACACUAUGUAUACGAGUGAGG